GCUCAGAUUGUGAGAGAGAACAACGGAGAGCAUGUGAGCUGUGGUUUAUCUGGAAAUGGAGCAAAGCUGAGACACCAGGAACCACUGCCUGUCAACAUGGAUCCUACUCGAGCUGCAGCUCGAGGAGUCAGGAUUGUUCUGUUUGGGAAAAGUGAAGAAGAAAAGAUGACACUAGGAGACUUCAUCAUGAAGAAAAAAUCUUUUCACUUUCAAACUUUCUCUCCAAAACAACAUUGUGAGUUUGCUGAUGGAGAAUGGAAAGGAGAACCAUUAACAGUGGUGAAAACUCCAGACAUGUUCAGUCUGUCUGUGGAAUCAGUGAGAGAAGAGAUGAAGAACUGUGUGAGUCUCUGUCCUCCUGGACCAAAUGUUCUGCUGCUGUUAGUGAGGCCUUCUGAUUUCACUGAGGAGAACAGAAAAACUCUGAAGUUCAUCCUGAGUUUGUUUGGACGAGAUGUCUUUAAAUAUUCAGUGGUGGUCAGCACUUACAAGCAUCAGUGGAAUGAAACAAGUGUCUCUGUGAACAAGCUGCUUGAUGAAUGUGAUGGAAGACACUACAACAUGUUCAAAGAGGAUCACAACCAGCUGAUGGAGCAGAUUGAGAAGAUUGUUGAUGAGACUGAAGAGAGCAUCAAACCAAAGUUAAACCUGGUUCUGUGUGGGAGGAGAGAAGCAGGGAAGACUUCAGCAGUCAAAGCCAUUUUAGGUCAGACAGAGCUUCAUUCAGCCUCCAACUCAUCAGAGUGUGUUCAGAAUCAGGGAGUGUGUGGACGUUGGGUUUCCCUGGUGGAGCUGCCUGCCUUGGAUGGAAAACCUCAGGAGGCAGUGAUGAAGGAAUCAUUGAGGUGUAUCUCCCUCUGUGAUCCUGAGGGCGUCCAUGCCUUCAUCCUGGUCCUACCUGUGGAUCCCCUCACUGAUGAAGACAAGGGAGAGUUAGAGAUCAUCCAGAACACAUUCAGCUCUCGAGUCAAUGACUUCACCAUCAUUCUGUUCACUGUGGAGUCAGAUCCAACUCAUCCAGCUGUUGUUGACUUUGUAGAAAGAGACAGAGACAUCCAGGAGAUCUGUCAACGUUUUGGAGGAAGAUCUUUUGUUCUCAACAUCAAGAACAAACAGCAGAUCCCACAACUGUUGGAGAGAGUUGAACAGAUGAGAGUUCAAGGAUCCAAAUGUUUCACUAAAGACAUGUUCACCAAGGCUCAGAUGGAGAUGGUAGCAAAGCUUAAAGAUGAAGUGAACAGUUUAAAGCAUAAAAGUGAGAAGGGAACCAGUGAUCAAUGUCAGAGCAGAGAGCCUCUCAGGAUGGUGCUGAUUGGGAAGACUGGUAAUGGAAAGAGUGCAACUGCAAACACCAUUCUAGGUGAAGAACAUUUUAAAUCUACAACAAGCUCCAAGUCAGUGACAAAGUUUUGCCUGAAAGCAGCAGGAGAGGUUGAUGGUCAGCCUGUCAUUCUGGUCGAUACUCCUGGUUUAUUUGAUACAGCUCUGUCCAACGAUGACGUUCAAGAGGAGCUUGUGAAAUGCAUCAGUUUGUUGUCUCCUGGACCUCAUGUGAUCUUACUGGUGCUGCAGAUCGGUCGCUUCACACGGGAUGAAAAAGAGACUGUGGAGCUGAUCAAGAAAUACUUUGGAAAGAAAUCAGGAGAUCACAUCAUCAUUAUAUUCACCAGAGGAGACGAUCUCAGUCAGUCAAUUGAAACUUACAUAGAAAACAGUGAAGAGAGUUUACAAAAACUGAUAAAUGACUGUGGAGGGAGAUAUCAGGUGUUCAAGAAUAAGGAAAAGAAAAACCUCACACAAGUCAGAAAGUUGAUCACUAAGAUUAAUGAGAUGGUGAAGAAAAAUGGAGGCAGCUGCUACACCAGCGAGAUGUUCCAAUAGGCUGAAGCAGCCAUUCAGAAGGAGGUGGAGAAGAUCCUGAAGGAGAAGGAAGAAGAGAUGAAGAGGAAGGAGGAGGAGCUUCAAAGAAGACAUGAGGAAGAAAUGGAAGAAAUGAAAAGAAGAAUCGAGAAAGAGAGAGAAGAAAUUGAAAGAGAGAGGAAACAGAGAGAGAUACAGAUUAAAGAAAUGAAGGAGAAUAUUAAAAAGGAGCGUGAAGAGAGGAAGAAAGAACAGGAAAUGAGAGAAGAAGAAGAGAGGGAAAGAAAAACACAGGAAGAACUUCAGCAACAGCAGUGGGAAGAAGAACGAGAAGCUCUGGAGAAACAAAUCAAGUCAGAAUCAGAUGAGAAGGAAACGAUUGACAGAAAACUGGAGGAGAGCAGAAAGGAGAUGGAAGAAAAACGACAGAUCUGGGAAAAGGAACGAAAAGAAUGGUGGGAGAAAAGAUGUAGAGAAAAUGACCAGAGGUGUAAGGAGGAGAAAGAAAAACAUAAAAAGCUCCAAAAAGAGUAUGAAGAGAAACGAGAACAAUAUGAACUCAAAAGGAAACAAGAAGAUCAAAAGAGAAGAGCAGAGGAAGAAAAGGAGAGGAAGAAAUUAGAGGACAACUACAAGAGAAAAAUGGAGGACAUGAAGAAGAAAUACGAAGAAGAGGUCAGAAAACAAGCUGAACAAUUCAACGAGUUCAAAGAGAAAUACAUUAACAACUUUGAAGCUCUGAUGAAAAAACACAACGAGGAAAUCAAAGCUCUGAGACAACGGCAUGAAGAAGAAAUGAAAGAGAAACAGGAGAAACGCAGCAAAGAGGACAAGCACUCGAUUAAAAAACAAAAUCAGCUAAAACAAGAACUGGAUCAACUAAAAGAAAAACAUGAACAAGAAUCAAAGACUUGCCAUGAUUUGAACAUUGUUAAAAUCAAACCUGAAUGCACAAUCUGCUGAUGAUCUGGAACUCUUCAUAUUACUCAUAUUACUUCAUAUUAUUCACUGAUUUAAAGUCCUUAAAACACAGUUUUAAGGACUUUAGCAACUCAUGAUGUAAUAAAAGUUCAUAAUGUAAUAAAAUCAUGAGCGGGUAACAGAAUAACAGAUUUGUGCAUAAUGUAAUAACAGCUCAUAAUGUAAUAACUGUUCAUAAUAUAAUAACAGUUCAUAAUGUAAUAACUGUUCAUAAUGUAAUAACUGUUCAUGAUGUAGUAACAGCUUGUGAUGUAGUAACAGUCUAAUAAUGACUCAUAUUGUGAGAAAAGUGUUGCGUUGUCAUCUUUUUUACCUGUGUCAUUCCUGCAGCGGUGGAAGGAAAUGCUGUCCUCUUUCUUACCUCUGCCCCCAGUACACAUACGUAACAAAGUGUUUUCUGUUUUAUAUGAUUUCGCUAAAUUCUUGCAGUAUUUGUUUCCUUUGUCAGUUUGAUAACUGAGUUAUUGUUGGUGUGUAUUAAAUGUUUUUAUGUUUAAAUGAUUUUGAAAACAAUCAAACAAGAUGUUACUUAAUGAACUUCACUGCUUUUAAUACUUAAAGGAGAUAAAUGAAAAUAUAACGUGGAGACGAAUAAAUCAUCAGUAACAGAACUAA